AUGACCUGGCCAUCCCAGCGGCCCGGCUACCGUAGCCCGCUUGGCAACAGCGCGCGAAGCACCGAGUCCAAUUCGCAAAUCGCGUCUACGGUAUCAUCUGGCUCCCGUCGGGGCGUUCGCGGGCACGUCGCCAGUCAUCGUCGUGCAGCCGGGCGUGCCUGGACGAGGCGUGAGGCGAGCUCUCCCCAUCAUCGCGCUUGUAGGGCGACAGCUGCUUCGGCCCUUGGCCGUAUGCGUCGACACCUGCAGCACCCAUCGUCCGGGAGCAUGCUAGUCACCCAGAUGACGACCGCUGACAAGAGCGGCCUCAAGCGCGCUGCUCUCCACCGCAGCAGGACGGGGGACCCGCAACAAGUCGCACCGCACGUGCACUGGACGAUCGUCAGUCAACGCAUCAGGCGCAAAACCGCUGAAACCCCGCGAGAAUCCGCGCCCUCGUCCCGUUGGCCUGAACCGCUUGGUGGAUGGAGAGCCGUUCCCAGCGCGCCGCCAGACGUCAACCUGCAGCGCCCACCCCUCCCGCUGGCCGUCCUCAGCGGAGAGGGGAAAGCAACAGGGGCAGCAUGCACGCGGCAGACUCUAUUGGCUGCGUUGACGGCCCACCCAGACAGAGACGCAGCCGCCGCCGGCUGGCGAACUCGUCGCUCCAAAUAA